CUUUUUUCCGGCCCUGAGAAAGCAAUCUUGCGGCAGGACCUUUUUGAUUAAUUUGCCUAUAUCUAGCCGCAUUGAAUGCGCUACUUACUUGCUCUACGUGAUCUUCGCUCGAAUCGAGAGUCAGACAUUACAGCUCCAUCCGAGCGUGCUGAGAAAGGGAUUGAUCGAUCUUUCUUCGUGAUAGUGAAGGAGCGGAAGAACAAGGGACACCUCUCCCUUCCAUACGACCUCUCCGCACAUUGAAUCUAUCCCGGUAACCGACUUCCCUUGACUGUCUCCAUCGUCCUCGACUUCACUCCUACCAUCUCGCUUCGACGAACCACCGACAAACUUCUCACCAUGGAAGCACCCACAAAACCACCCUCCACCUCCCUCCCCUCCACAAACCCCCCGAGCGUCGAAGUCGCCUACAAACGCAAAUGCAUCGCCCUCAAGAAACGCCUCAACGAAAUCGAGUCCGAAAACGAGCUCAUGCGCGUCCGCAACAGACGAGGCUGGAAGUAUAUCCAGAAAAUGCGUCUAGAAUCAUGCAUCCUGCUCGACCGGCUCGCGAAAGUCACGGGGAUGGCCGAGGAGGCGCAGGCCGCUGGUGGUGUCACUCCGGAGUUGCGCGCAAAGGCCGCGGCUAUGAUGUCUAAUGCGCCGACUCUGGAGGAUGAGAGUAAACCCGGGGCUGGGGCGUCUGCUGUUGCGGGGAAUGGGGCGCCAUAUUUGGACGAUGAGACGGAGGGGAGUUCAGAGGAAGCGCCGCCUACACCACAAGACCGGCCGCUCCGCACCAAACGACGAAACAGGAUAGCAACGUGCAAGGAAGACGAAGGCUGGGACGAGGAUGGGAUGGGUCCCGGCCAUCCGACAGUCUGGAGAUCUCCGAAAUGGCGUUCGCCGAUGCCACCCGCGCCUAAGCAGGAGGAAUUGACAUCCUCGUUCCGCAUUCAAACAGGAAGCAACGGCGGUCCGGCAUCUAGUCGUCGUCCAAGUGCCCAAGAUACCCAGAACGGUAAUGGAAAUGGAAAUGGUAUUGCGGACGUUCCAGCCGCGCCAGCGGAUGCUCCGACGACACCGAUGGAUAUGGAUAUGGAUACCAAGGAGCCGAAGGUUGAAGGGCAGGGUUGAUUUGCGCCG